AUGGUACAACCGUCAACCGCGUACAAAUUGAUGCGGGAAUUUUUAGAUACAAAUUUUAUCGAGGCAAACAUUGACUUUCAUACCUGUUUAUCCUCCCUCUUAUCAGCAAAUUUAUUUAUACGAUAUAAUGAAUUGGACACGCAUACUCUGGGAUUAUUAAUUUCUACUAUCAAGGAAAAGUGUGAUCAUUUUGUAGCUCGACGGCUUUUCUCGCAUUUCUAUGAACCUAUCCUAUCUUUGAAGUUAAAUAUUUCAGAGGACGGCACAUAUUCGAUUUCUCAAAUGGAACUUAUUAAUCGACUUGAACAGUUAACUAACUAUUGGGUAACAUAUUUAUCUAGCGAAUUUCCCUGUAAUAUAUCCAAAUUCGAUGCAGCUCACUUUUUAUUCGAUUGGAUUAGAUUGGCAUAUUGUUUAACUGUCAGUGGCAUAGUUCAUAAGAGGAUGAAUUACUUCAAUGUUGGCGUGCAGUUUUUAGUUGUAAUAAAAUCAAAGAAUGUGCAACAGUAUGACAAUUUUAUAAAAUAUCUUAUUGACGAAUUAUGGAGUUCAUUGGCAAAUUUAUAUCUCCGAGCAACAGAUCUUUCCUCAAAAUCACCUUUAUCUGGUAGUGAGGAUUUGUCCAAUUCUGUAAACAUUAGCUCUUAUAUUCAGGGUUCUGCAGAUCAAGAUCUUGUUGACUCUUAUUAUCAGGAAUUCGGCAUGCUUUUAAAACUCUCUCGUUUAACUUCUAAUUUAAAUUGUUCAGCCAAACUUGUGAUCGAUGAUCAAACUCUCGAUAAGCUGACUUGUCUCAUUUUUGACCGUCUAGCAACUCUUUGUUUUUAUCAAAGUGAUAUCACUGUGUACAACCAUCCAUUCGUCUACCAUGCUUUAUUCAGCGAAGAACAAUCAAUAUCUGUAAAUAAUUGGUCCGAGUUUUUGUUGAAGCCUUUGGCAAAUUUUACAUAA